UGCUCCUAGAUCUGCCCCCUUGCCCCUCACCAAGGUCUCCGCACGACAACCUCCAGAUUCUCGGACACGGCUGCCAUCUGCCCCCUGAGUCUUCUCUUCUCCGAGAUCUCCAGGGGUCCCAGUGAAUUUUCAGGGCCCUCUUUCAAGUCAACAGGCAUCGUGCUUUUUCUUUGAAGAAUUGUAAAGGAAGAACAAAGCCAUCGCAGAAGGGGGAAACAUGUCCAACCCCUUCUUAAAGCAGGUUUUCAACAAGGACAAAACCUUUAGGCCCAAGCGCAAAUUUGAGCCAGGUACACAGAGAUUUGAACUUCACAAGAAGGCUCAAGCUUCCCUGAAUGCAGGACUAGAUCUGAAGUUAGCUGUUCAAUUGCCAUCUGAUGAGGAACUGAAUGACUGGGUAGCUGUACAUGUGGUAGACUUCUUCAAUCGCAUCAACCUCAUUUAUGGAACCAUCAGUGAUAACUGCACAGAGCAGUCAUGUCCAGUGAUGUCUGGGGGCCCAAAGUAUGAGUAUCGAUGGCAGGAUGAACAGAAGUACCGGAAGCCAACUGCUCUCUCUGCGCCCAAGUAUAUGAACCUUUUGAUGGACUGGAUCGAGGUUCAGAUCAACAAUGAAGACAUCUUCCCUACCAAUGUCGGUACUCCAUUCCCCAAGAACUUUCUGCAGGUGGUAAAGAAGAUCCUGUCCAGGCUUUUCCGAGUUUUCGUUCACGUUUACAUCCACCACUUUGACCGAAUCACUCAGAUGGGCUCUGAGGCUCAUGUGAACACCUGCUACAAGCAUUUCUACUAUUUUGUGAAAGAGUUUAACCUGAUAGACACCAAAGAGUUAGAACCACUGAAGGAAAUGACCUCUCGAAUGUGCCACUGAAAAUGGGGUCAUCUCUCAGGACUGCUGAAACCCACCUUUCUGCACCCAAGGAGACGCCAUCUAGAAACCAGAGACUCUGAUACACACAUUAAAAAAAAUCUCUAUUUUUUUAAACAAGAACAUCUCCAGUGAAAAUUCCUUAUAUCGUUUCCUGAGCACUGUGACAUUAUAGUCAUCUUUUUAAAGAUGCUUCGUAUAGCUGAAGAUUAUUUUUGUUUUGUUUUUGGAAUUGAUUUCUAGAGGGCAGCCUGCUAAAGUGGGAAGUGCACUGACUAGUCAGAUGUGCCUCUGCCACCUGGAAGCUGUGUGACCUUGGGCGAGUUGCUUCAUCUCUCUAGGCCUCAGCUUCUUCAUCUGUAAAAUUAAGAGGGUUGGAUUAGAAGACCUCUCUCUUCCUUCUCUAAGAUUCCAUAAUUUUAUGAUAGUAAUUUUGCUUCCAGCUCUUAGAAAUCUAUGAUUCUCAGCGAAUGGAAAAACCCACUUUGUCCUGAAACCACUUACUUUUGCCAGGAGGCAAAAGAGUUUUGUCAGCAAAGCCACCUGACACUUCAUCAUUUCAUCUGUGGCACCAGAGACUUGGUGCUGUAGCCUUAUCAGCCCGUACCUGCCUUGGAAGCGCAUUGGCUGCCUUCUCCUGGAUGCACUGUGUUGCCGAUCCCCCAGAUGCGUGAGGGGAAAGAUUUUUGAUUUGCUCUUGAGAGCCAGAUGGAGAACUUUCUGCAGAACGAAGGAGGAAAAGCAGAGUGAGAGAGUUUAUUGAAUCCUAGUUAUUAGUAAGAGCCCCUUAGUCUCACAAGUAGCCACCGGUUUUACCUCUAGUUUUAUUUUUUAACAUAAGGUACGACUAGCACACAGACUGCACUCUUCUGUCAUCUUUAUUUUAACCCAGAUUCUCCUCUCGCUAGCCUCCCAGGCUAGUCAAGAUGUGCGUUUGGUUGAAACCCAACUCCUUAUUUCUUCAGAACCAGGGUUUCCCAAAUCAGUUUAGCCACAGAACUAUUUUGGCUAAAAAGUGUUUUAUUGAACCUUUAAAUUCCUGUCCAGGGAAUCACUAGGAUAAAGGAAGUUGGAGAAAUUUUGGAGUAAAAUAGAAGACAUUAAAUCUAUUUUCAUAAUGGAAAAUUGCUGUUCAUAAUUAGCAUUUUAAUAAUGCACCAUUUCAUAUUUAACAUUUUAGCGAUGAUAUCACUAGCAUCAGUUUUCUCAUGAAAUCCUUAUUCACCUGAUGUGAAAUGCCUGGGUCCCACAGAACACAGUUUGGGAGACAGAGACCUUGAAUAAUAAGCCCCAACACAUCACCAAGUAUUUCUUCUGAGUUGGAGAUUGAGUUUUUGUAGAGAUCCAUUUACCUCAGACUGAGGUAUAAGGAACAAUCCCUUAUAACUGGUGAACCCUAAAGGAUCUCACCUUUCCAUUGUCAAGGAAGCUGAGCUAAUCUUCUCUCACAUACAUCUUUUUAGUUGAGGACUUGAAUUUUGUUUUUGACAUGUUUUGCUUACAUUUUAGCUGUUUUGAGUUCAGCUUUCUUAUGAUGUGGGAGAAUCAUUGACAGACCUUUGGUUGAUAAGAAUUAUUCUUUGAAAUAUAGGUCACCAAAGCCAGUGGACCAAUUCCCUUUGUAAAUCCUUCUGGUCCUGGGGAGUUUUUCUUAGGGAAAUGCCUUCAUAGGACAGUAUGAACUGUGUAAGUAACCUCAUGUGACUUUGCCCAAGUGACCAAAAGAAGCCUCAUCCUUUUCUUCGGUACUCUGGAGCUAAUCAUUUAACUGCUGAAAAUUUCCCCUACCCUUGGAUCAUUCCUGGAAUCACUACUAUUAGGUUUUUCAAACUUUUUUGGUUGUGUCUCUUUUGAUGAUUCUGAAUUUCUGAUGAUCAUGUUUGAAUUUGGUAUUGCCAACAAAUCAUUCCCUGUUAGUGCACAGCUACAUUUACUGUAGACCUUCUCUGCUGAGAUAACAAGCUUGUUGAGAUUGGCUGAGAUCCAUCCACUGUCCUGUCUGUUAGACCACCCAUCUUCAACACUCCUGGUGCAAAGAACCAAAACUCAAGCCCUUUCUAACCAUGUCAAACAUUUCCUAAAAUUUAUAGAGGUUAUAUCAAGUAAAUUUUUAAAAAAAUGUUUUUGUGUUAGCAAUGACCAAGCUACCACAGGCUUCUCUCUUGUGUGUUUGACAAUUCAGGAGCAGGGCAGCACCUGGAGGUAGCUUAGAAUGAGCCCAACACAUUCUCUUCCACUGCUUGCUGAAUAAGAGGGGAAACUGGAGAAGUACAAAUCCCUGUGGAAUUCUGCCUUUGCUGGAUGGACUCUGUCACUUAGAGUUGUUUGAAACAUUCCCUUCCCCUCUACCAUAUACCACUAUCGUUCUUGGAAAUGGACAUAAAAAUAAAUUAUGCUGUAUUUGUCUAAGUCA